CACAGUCGCCUUUAUUAAGAGACCGCCCGCAUCCCACCGGGCGCGCACCUGUGAGUGACGUCACCAAUGUCAGGUGGGAGGCGGUGGCGGCGGCGGCGUGCUGAUGGUGGUAGCAGCAGCAGCGCGGAAAAUUCAAUCUCCGCUUUGCCUUAUGAUGCGCCCCAACAACAACAACAACCACCACCACAACAACAGCAGCAACAACCACCACACAGCAGCAACAACAACAGCUGCCGUCGCCACCGCAACCUAGCUCCGCAGACCAGAUUUCAACCGUGGGACGACAGAGACCGUCCUGUCCUCGGUCGGGGAACGGCGCAAUCCGAUGACUUGGAAGCUAUGGGUGGGGUCGGUGGUGCGGCCACGGAAUCUGGCCGAAGUGGUUCUGCGAGGUUCGAAGCGGCGGCAUCGUCACCAGCUGCAGGAGCAUCGGGAGCAUCGCCGGCAUCGGCAUCGGCAUCAUCAGCAACUUCAAAUCCAGCAUCGACAGCAGCAGCAACAUCAUCAAGAUCGUCAGCAGCGUCGGCUCCAGCUUCAUCAGCAGCACCGGGUCUGCUGGCCGUGAAGACUUUCCCCGGCUUUGCAAGGGGCAAUUUGGGACUCUGCUUCUCGUGCAAGUUUUCCGGAACGGCUCGCCCUCUGACGUUCUCCGUGUGCCACGGGAGACCCCACGAUAAUCGGUGCGUCUUCAGGCCCUACCCGUGCCCCUGCCCUGGCCUCACCGCCUGCCCCUGGCAGGGCUCCCUGCGUGGUGUGCUUCCACACCUGGCGCAUGCUCACCCCAGCGUGCCGCACCUGCGCGGCACAGACGUCCUCUUCCAGGCGACCAACCUAGAGCGACCGCCGCCCACAUUCUGGCUCAUGGUCCAGGUGUGCCUGGGCCACCAAUUCCUCCUGGUCCUCGAGAAGCGCACUGUGUCGCAGGAGGUUCGAUUUGCGACCUGCCUGCUGCUAGUGGGGCCCGGCCACCUGGCUCCAUCCUUCACGUACCGCGUGGAGCUUGGCAGCUCACAUCACCGCAGGUUGAGCUACGAGGCGACGCCGCGGCCUCUGAGGGACGGCGUCGCGAGGGUCAUCGCCGACAAAGAUGGCCUCUUCUUCGGCCAGGAGGUCGCCCGGCUGUUCGCCGAGAACGACAGCCUGGCCAUCGGAUUCUCCAUUGCCCGGUACUAACGGUGG